UGUGGUGGCAAAGUUCUACCAACACAUUUUGGCUCUGGAGUUUGCCAUCAAAGAGAUCAAUCAGGAUCCCCAGCUCUUGCCUAACGUCACCCUUGGCUUCCACAUCUACGACAGCUACUCUGAUUCCAAGAUGACCUAUCGCACCAGUCUGGACCUGCUCUUCAAAGUGCACAAGUUUGUCCCCAACUACAUAUGUGGGACCCCCAAAAACCUCAUGGGAAUUAUUGGAGGACUGAGUUCUGACACUUCUUCACGCAUGGCCGAAAUUUUUCAGCUCUUCAAAAUUCCUCAGAUCCACUCAUUUCUGCAGAGAAUUUCCUUCAACAACAGUGCUGGAGAUGAAAUUACUUUAAAUGGUCAUGGAAAGCUAGAGGCUGGAUUUGACAUUGUGAACUUGGUCACUUUCCCAAAUAACUCCUAUAUCAGGGUCCACGUUGGAGAAGUGCACCCACAUACUUCUCCAGGAAAAACCUUCACAAUUCAUGAGGACAGAAUUCAGUGGCAACCAGAAUUUACUCAGUUGCCACCUCUUUCCUUAUGCACUGACCCUUGUCCUCUGGGAUACAGGAAGACAAAGAAGGAAGGGGAGAAAUUUUGCUGCUAUGGUUGCACUCCAUGUCCAGAAAGGAUGAUAUCAAGCCAAAUGGACAUGGAGAAUUGUGUGGUUUGUCCAAAGGAUCAGUUUCCAAACCAAGCUCAUGAUGAAUGCAUUCCAAAGACACUGAACUUCCUCUCCUUUGAUGAACCACUGGGCAUUAUUCUGGUUUCACUGGCUCUUCUUUUUUCCCUGGUUACAGCUUUGGUGUUUACCAUCUUCAUUAAGCAACAGGACACUCCCAUUGUCAAAGCCAACAAUCGCAACCUCACCUACCUUCUCCUUAUCUCACUCUUUCUCUGUUUCCUCUGCUCCCUUCUGUUCAUUGGGCAGCCCAAUAAGGCAACCUGCCUCCUCCGACAAACAGCAUUUGGCAUCAUCUUCUCUGUUGCCAUUUCUUCUAUUUUGGCCAAAACCAUCACAGUUGUUAUAGUAUUCUUAGCCUCAAAGCCAGGAAAUGUAUUUCACAAAUGGAUGGGGCAAAAGUUGGCCUAUUCUAUUAUCUGCUUCUGCUCCUUCUUUCAAGUAGUUAUUUGUGCUGUUUGGCUUGGCACUUCUCCUCCGUUUCCAGACUUGGACAUGGAGACACUCCUUGGAGAAAUCAUAGUAGAAUGUCAUGAAGGCUCCGUCACCAUGUUUUACUGUGUCUUAGUCUACAUGGGCUUCUUGGCCCUUCUCAGCUUCACUGUGGCCUUCCUAGCCAGGAAGUUGCCAGACAGUUUUAACGAAGCCAAGUUCAUCACUUUCAGCAUGUUGGUUUUCUGCAGCGUUUGGCUGACCUUUGUGCCCACCUACCUGAGCACCAAGGGGAAGUACAUGGUGGCCGUGGAGAUCUUUUCUAUCCUGUCUUCCAGUGCUGGCUUACUGGGCUGCAUCUUCAUCCCCAAAAUCUAUAUAAUUAUAUUGAGGCCCCAGCUCAACACUAGAGAGCAUUUAAUACAUAAGAAAUAG